AUGUGGAUGUUGAAGCCUCCAUCAGACAUCGGCCCACGGGGAUUGGUGCACUUACAAAGUACAUCUCCGACGUACUAUUGGGCGCAUGCGUUGCUGGUGCGAUUUUACAUAAUCUGCGAGGUGAAAGUUCAGCUGUGUAAUCAGCACCGGAUUCUGCUACUAGAGGUGAAAGUUCAGCUGUGUAAUCAGCACCGGAUUCUGCUACUAGAGGUGAAAGUUCAGCUGUGUAAUCAGCACCGGAUUCUGCUACUAGAGGUGAAAGUUCAGCUGUGUAAUCAGCACCGGAUUCUCCUACUAGAGGUGAAAGUUCAGCUGUCCAAACCAGCAGCCACCGUAGAUAUCGAACAGGCGGAGAGACUGCUCAGAGCCAUUUACCAGCCUCAGAAUUACUACUGUAUCCACGUGGACAGAAAGUCAGAGGACUCCAUUAAAAACGGGAUGAAAGCCGUGGCGAAGUGUUUUGACAACGUAUUUCUUGUGGAGAAACCAGUUGCUGUAGUGUGGGGAAAAUUUACGGUCCUAGAAGCGGAACUUCUCUGUCUGAAGGAAUUAUGGGCGUACCAAAAGUGGAAAUACUUCAUCAAUCUGACGGGACAGGAAUUUCCUCUGAAGAUCAACUUUGAGCUUGUGAAAAUUCUAAAGGCUUAUAAUGGUUCCAACAAUCUAGAAGGCACGCGGGGAAGAGCUAAUACAGACCGUUGGAAGAAUGCUGGCCCCCCACCGCACGGGAUCAUUCCCACUAAGGGGGCUGUCCACAUCACAGCCUCAAGGGGGUACGUCGACUUUCUUCUACACAAUCAAACUGCCUUGGACUUUCUGGAGUGGGUGAAGAAGACGCGAGUUCCCGAUGAAACGUUUUUCGCAUCAUUAAACCACAAUCCCUUUCUGGAAGUUCCAGGUUCCUAUAAAGGCACUCCGGAAAGUAAUUUUGAAAAUUACCAUUUUCUCACACGUUUCAAGAUCUGGGCAGGCACCAAGCUUUGGAAACUCUGUACUGGUAAAUUUACACGAGCAAUCUGUAUCUUUGGAGUAAAAGAUUUGCCCGUUCUGACAUCACAACGGCAUCUGUUUGCCAAUAAAUUCCACUGGGACUAUCAGCCUUACGUAUUGGAUUGUCUGGAGGAAUGGCACUUCAACAAAACAAUAGACCAAGCUGUGCACAAGUCAAAUUUUGAUGUGUCUUUUUACAAAAACAUGAGUUUUGUGAAAAACAAGGUGACCUAACGCUUUACGAGUGAAAAGCCAAAUAUUCGUUUCCAUCAUCUAAUAAAGUUUAAGUAAUCUAAUUAAAGGGAUGGAGCUAGAGGAUCUAGAUUGUUACUACUUAGGCAUUUCAAUGGAGAGUUAAAGAAACCCAAUAAGGAGGGAAACGGGUCUGUGCUGGGUGUUUUAUUGGUUACGUACUCUUCAUGUUGUACUGUCUUAUAUUGUGAUUGUCAGUUAAUUAAGCGCGGUUUCAGCAUUACAAUAGUAUGCUUUUUGUGCCAUUUUACUUUUUCCAAUCACCCCACACUAAUGAGUAGCGUUGUGACAAAGCCUUUUGCGGAUGAAUUCCAGAGGGUCUUAUUGUACUUAAUGCUUAAAAUUGCUUAUUGCUCAACCCCAAGGUGUGAUGUGAAAUUCUGCUAUACUUAAGCAUGUUUUAUUCUAGCCCUUAGGACUGUGAUUAUAUAUGCUAUCACAGCCCUGUCUUGUUCCAUACGCUUGCCUUGAACACCUCUGUGCUUCCAUUGCUGGCUUCAGUAUGCUACUGCUUGGCGCCAAAUAAUUUGUCUGUCCUUGGUCACAGUCGUCUCAGCUAUCAAUUCCAGGUGUCAAAUCUAGUAAACCCACACAAGCAUGAAACUAAUAGGUUAAACUUAUGAUUUUAAGAAUGUGUAAGUUUACUAAAUUUUGUUGAUCAUUUAUAUGAAAUUGUACCGACAAAAUAUAAUAAUGCCUUGAAAUUGUGACAUUUGUGUGUAGCCUACAUGGAUUAUCAUGUACCGUUCAAGAUAAGAACUGUGGUCGUGUGACAUAAGAUGAUAUUGUCUUGAAGUUUGAGGGUCAGUGUGACAUUUGUGGUGAAUCAUCUACUGUUCAAGCAUUGAUAAAAAUUGUGGUAGUGUUUAAAACUGCAGUCACGCUAGUAUCGAUCUAGUUUAAUUCAUACAAACUUUUCAAAAAGCGUUCAGAUCGAACUAGUAUCACAUAGAGAGGCGGUCACAUCGGAAGCACUGAACUGGUUCACUCUAGUUUAACCAGUUUCUUGUGAUUGGUUGAUUUGAUCAUAUAAUGCGUUCACCAUUUAAGCUGCGUUUUAUGUGAAUUCCUUUCCAAUAUUUUUUGUUACUUUCGCUCCUAUAAGACAUUUCUUAUUAUGCUGGGAAAAUGCGCAGGGCCAGCGGAAACGCACGACCUUGGACGGGUGACUGGUAAGCCUUCCCAUAUAUGACCUGAGAGGAGGCCAGCCAGAGCAGGGCUUGAACUCAGAGCAACUGCAUUGAUUAUUUUGCAUAAAAUGGCAAGAGAAUCCAGCAACAAAGGAACCAUCACCUUGUCGCCAAUGCCCAUGAAUGCAAGAAAAUUAGAAAUUUCAUAGCCUAAUGCCAUUGUUUGUUGACGGUAACAACUCUGUCACAAAAAAUUUAAUCAGUUGGUAGUGAAAUAUUUUUUCUUCUUGUACGCUGAUGAAAAGAUAAGAAUUUAGAUAUGAAAUUAACAUGGAGAGAAAUAUGACAAUAAAUGUAUCUAAAGUUUCAAACCGCUACUCCUUCUAUAGAUUUUCUCCGAUUUUCAACUAAACUGGGUUGAAGUGUAGUCUAAUCAAAAUUCAUUCUUCAUGCACCAUAUGUCUGUUUAUCCAGCAUAUGCUAAUAUUUCUUUCAAAUUGCUGGCAGUUAUUGUUCCAAUAUUUGUCCAGUUUGAAGAAUACUUGAUACAGUUAAAUCAAGAUACAUAUUUUGUAGUAUUGGUUUUCAAUGUUGAUUGUUCAUUGUCCACUAUUUGUACCUGAUCUUAUAAUCGACUCUGUGAUUACUUUGUUCUAGCCAGUAGUCCUACAGUCUCAUCAUAAACUCUGUUGAGAAAUACAUGGGUUCACCCUGAUUGUGCCAUAAACAAAGACAUAACCAUUGUCAUUUGUAUUGCCCCACUUGGCACAUUGGAGAAAGAAUACAGGAUCUGUUAGCC